AAAUGCAAAAUUGCUUUACAAAUGGCGGCUUCACGCCUGAAAAUCCUGAAGAACAAAAAGGAUACACAGAUCAAACAAUUGAGGAGAGAAUUAGCUCAAUUGCUUGAGUCUGGCCAAACCCAGACAGCUAAAAUUCGGGUGGAGCAUGUGGUGAGAGAAGAGAAGACAGUGGCUGCUUAUGAACUUCUUGUUGCUCGUUUGGAUGUGAUUGACUCUCAAAAAUCCCAAGGAAACCGUAUUGACGAGUGGAGCAAGUUCCUGUCACUCUCAGUCAGCAACUUUGGGAUUUGUGCUUCUUGCAAUGCAAAUCAAAAGAAUCAAAAUGCAAAGCCUGAGGAGACUCUUCCCAUUGAAGUUCCUUCCUUGUCCGUGGAUGAGGUUAAAGAAAAGACUGACAAUUUUGAAUCGAAGUCUCUGAUUGGUGAGGGAUCUUAUGGAAGGGUAUACUAUGCAACUCUAAAUGAUGGAAAAGCAGUUGCUUUGAAGAAACUCGAUGUUGCGCCAGAAGAUGAAACAAACGCCGAGUUCUUAAGCCAGGUUUCCAUGGUUUCAAGACUAAAGCAUGAGAAUCUCAUUCAACUGGUUGGUUAUUGUGUUGACGAAAAACUACGUGUUCUUGCUUAUGAGUUUGCAACAAUGGGAUCAUUGCACGACAUUCUACAUGGUAGGAAGGGAGUUCAAGGUGCACAACCAGGUCCAACACUUGACUGGAUAACGAGGGUGAAGAUAGCCGUUGAGGCAGCUAGAGGUUUAGAAUACCUUCAUGAGAAGGUUCAACCACUUGUAAUACAUAGAGACAUAAGAUCUAGCAAUGUGCUUCUUUUUGAAGACUAUCAAGCAAAAAUUGCUGAUUUUAAUCUUUCAAAUCAAGCUCCUGAUAAUGCUGCUCGUCUUCAAUCUACAAGAAUCUUGGGCACCUUUGGUUAUCACUCUCCAGAAUAUGCUAUGACUGGAGAGUUGACACAUAAGAGUGAUGUAUACAGCUUUGGAGUUGUACUUCUAGAGCUCUUGACAGGGAGAAAACCUGUGGAUCAUACAAUGCCACGUGGGCAACAAAGUCUUGUAACUUGGGCGACACCAAAACUUAGUGAAGAUGAAGUAGAGCAGUGUGUUGAUCCAAAGCUAAAAGGAGAAUAUCCUCCUAAAUCAGUAGCUAAGGAGCUAAAAGCUGUGGAGGAUCUAUAUUUGAAGAAGAGAAGAAGGAUGCGCAGGUGGAUCUGUUGUGGGGAGAAAAGAGGAGAUUCAGAUUUAUCAAAUGAGGAGGUGCAUCUGAAAAGUCCAUGGCAGCAAUCUGAUGCAAAUCAAAAGAAUCCAAAACCACAAGCUGUUGCAAAGCCUGAGGCGCAGAAGGAAGCUCUUCCCAUCGAAGUUCCACCCUUGUCUGUUGACGAGGUUAAAGAAAAGACUGACAAUUUUGGAUCAAAGUCUCUGAUUGGUGAGGGAUCUUAUGGUAGGGUAUAUUAUGCAACUCUAAAUGAUGGGAAAGCAGUGGCUUUGAAGAAACUCGAUGUUGCCCCUGAAGCUGAAACAAAUUCUGAGUUCUUGAGUCAGGUUUCCAUGGUUUCAAGAUUGAAGCAUGAGAAUCUCAUUCAACUGGUAGGUUAUUGUGUUGAUGAAAACCUUCGUGUUCUCGCUUAUGAGUUUGCAACGAUGGGAUCACUGCACGACAUUCUCCAUGGUAGGAAGGGAGUUCAAGGUGCACAGCCAGGUCCAACACUUGACUGGUUAACAAGGGUGAAGAUAGCAGUUGAGGCAGCUAGGGGUUUAGAAUACCUUCAUGAGAAGGUUCAGCCUCCUGUGAUACAUAGAGACAUAAGAUCUAGCAAUGUGCUUCUUUUUGAAGACUAUCAAGCAAAAGUUGCUGAUUUCAAUCUCUCAAAUCAAGCUCCUGAUAAUGCUGCUCGUCUUCACUCUACAAGAGUCUUGGGCACCUUUGGCUAUCACGCUCCAGAAUAUGCUAUGACCGGACAGUUGACGCAGAAGAGUGACGUGUACAGCUUUGGGGUUGUUCUUCUAGAGCUUUUGACAGGGAGGAAACCUGUAGAUCAUACAAUGCCACGUGGCCAACAAAGUCUUGUAACCUGGGCUACACCAAGACUCAGUGAAGAUAAAGUGAAGCAGUGUGUUGACCCAAAGCUAAAAGGAGAAUAUCCUCCUAAAUCAGUAGCUAAGCUAGCAGCGGUGGCAGCAUUGUGUGUACAAUACGAAUCUGAGUUUAGACCCAACAUGAGUAUAGUUGUAAAAGCUUUGCAGCCACUUCUCAAACCACCAGCACCAGCCCCAGUACCGGAAUCCUGAGUUUGUGCGCCUUUUAAAUACCACCCGAUAUCUUCUUUGUGCAACAGAGUUGGGUUCUUUGUUCAUACCAGUGAGAAUUUUACUCUGAUUUGGGAAAAACAUAGAUAUGAUCUUAUUAUUAGUUGGCAUUUUGAUUUUGGUGUGAAAGAAGAGUAGUGAGUAUUUCGCCUUUGUUAUGUGAUGUAUUGUGGAAACAAGCUUUUUACUUGAUUGGCGUGGAGAACAAAGAUGUUUUGCAUUUGGUGUUCUUUCGUUUUCCCUUUCUAUGUAAAGGAAUCAUUUGAAUAUUUUUGUCCGACUACAUUGACAAACUCUUUUAAGAGAUUUUGAUUCUACCAUUUAAGAUCUGUCGUUAGCUCUCUCUGAAGCUGCAAAAUAAUAAAAAUUAUGUGUCCAU